GCCAACAACGGAUAGUUUCCUCCGAUGAAAGGAGGGGUAAUACCUAUCGUAUCGUCCCUUCAAGAUACGUGUCUAUGCCCUAGAUCUCUGCGUUUCCCUUACCGUUGAUACUCGAGCGCUUUCGCUGGUCAUAUUACCCACGUAACCAGCCCGACACGACGCGGACGUGAUUCAGUGAAGAAUGGAGGCCACAAAUCAAGCCAGCGCGGCUGGUACGUCUGCCUCCACAGCCGCCACAGCCUCGCCGGCCGUGGCCACGAUUGAGCCUACGGUAGUAGCAAACGACCCGAACCCUGUUGUCCCAGCUGAAGACGACGAUCACGAUUCUUUGGCGGACACAGAGAGCGUAACGACUGAGUCAACUGCUUCGCUUGCCGAGAGUAUCACAGAAUACCGCAGGAUCCAUGGUCGUACUUACACGCAAAAGGCCGAUUACUGGGGCCCGAACGAUGAACAGCAAAAUGAAGGGCUUGAUCUCGCGCACUAUUGGGAGACCCUUCUUCUGGGCGACAAGCUUUUCCUUUCGCCACUGGGCGAUGGUCCGUUGAAGGUCCUUGACUUGGGAACCGGUACUGGCAUCUGGGCAAUGGACUUUGCUGAUGAGUUCCCGUCUUCCGAAGUAACGGGCGUUGACAUCUCACCCAUUCAGCCGGGGUGGGUGCCGCCCAACUGCAAAUUCCAAAUCGACGAUGUCGAACAGCCGUGGACAUGGACACCUGAUUUUGAUUUCAUUCAUCUCCGCCACAUGGAAGCUUGCAUCUCCGACUGGCCAGCUUUCUACAAGCAAAUUUAUGAUCACCUCAAGCCCGGUGGAUAUUUCGAAAUGAAGGAUUUUGACAUUGAGUUCCGCUCCCAAGCCUACGGGGAUAGUCUCCCGGAAGAUCACGUCUACCGUAGAUGGGGUAAGAUCUUCUUCGAGGCUGCAAACCAUCUCGGCAAGUCAAUGGACCAGUCCCGAGGUGGGCAUAAGAUCGCCGAUGCUAUGAGAGACGCUGGUUUCGUCGACGUUGUGGAGAAGAGCUGGCCUGUACCUAUCGGAGGGUGGCCCAAUGAUCCCACGCUGAAGGAAGUUGGCAUUUGCAACCUGGAGUUCCACGACCAGUCGCUCGAGGGCUUUUCGAUGUUUCUGUUGACUCAGGUGAUGGACUGGGACACCAUAUCGGCGGGGGUGUUCGUCGCUGAAGCACGUAAAGCCCUCAAGGACCCAAAGCUUCAGACGGUGAUAUACUUGCAAAAUGUCUACGGACGCAAACCUGAGGGAACGACUUAAUUGGGCUCUGUAGGCUGGUUCCUGCCAUAGCUUUGUUCAUCUCGGCUAGUCCUGAAUAGCAGCGUAGCUACUUUACCUAGAUUGAUUGGGGUCUCACAGCACCUUCUAUGGAGCGAACUGAGAAGCAGACGGGAGCAACAAAUAAUGUUCUUGGCC